AUGGGUGUGUUCUAUCAGGAAGAGCCACCCCCACAAAACCCAUCAAAGAAAUGCAAGUUCUUCCUCGUUUCAACUCUCAAAGAUGCCUUCUCCAUCUGUCGAUCUUGCGGGGGUCACAUAAGCCCCCUCAAGCAGAGGCAGGAUGAGGAUUAUGUUCCCAACACAACAAUUGAACUGGAAGAUAACGAACAGGAAGUACUUUCCACUUCUUCAAACUCUGCUACGACUUUCCUGUACAGACAUACAAAGAACAAUGCACAUGAAUUUGUUUAUGACAAUAACUAUGUUGUUUCGUUUCUUCAGGUUGUCGUGUCAGCAAUCAGGAGCAGAGCGAUGGAGAAGUCGAAGCAGAAGGUGUUUGUGAUCAUAGAUAGCUUUUUCGGGGAACUGUUCUUUAGUGCUGAGAAGCAGGAGGAUGGAGAAGUUGAAAAUGAGGAAGAUUUCUACACAGUUGGGAGCUGUCUUUCACGUUGUUCGAGCAGUUUGAGCAAGGGGGGCGAAGAGUUCUUCUCAGUGAAGACAAACUUGUCCAGGUGUUCGAGCUUGAGUCAGGUAGAGUUCUCAAGUUUUCACAGGCGGGGUUCGAUAUUGCAGGAGCUCUGCCACUGCGAAGGGUGGCCAUUUGGUCUCUGCAGGAAGGCUGUUUUGCUCCCACCUUUGCCUAAGUCUCCCUCUGAGUCCUGGCUAUGGCAGAAAGGCGGUAGAUCAGCCAGGCGGCCUUGA